AUUCUGGUUUCUAUGUUUUACGCAGCUGUUCAGUUUCGGCUUUCCUCCGAGUCUCCAUCCCUUCUUUCGAUUCAGAGUUCCGGUUUUCUUUCACAAAAUGGUUCUCCCAAACGAUGUCGAUUUGUUGAACCCUCCUGCUGAGCUCGAGAAGAAAAAGCACAAGCUCAAGCGCCUCGUGCAGUCUCCCAAUUCUUUCUUCAUGGAUGUCAAGUGUCAAGGUUGCUUCAACAUAACCACUGUGUUCAGCCACUCUCAGACUGUUGUGGUGUGCGGGAACUGCCAGACGGUUUUGUGCCAGCCUACUGGUGGGCGUGCUAGACUCACGGAGGGAUGCUCUUUCAGAAGAAAGGGUGACUAAAGUCUGAAUAUUUGUUGUUAAACCACUUUAUUCCUUCUUUAUCUUGUAUCAAAAAUUUUAAACAUUUUCGUUUUUGUAAGAGCAUUCUUAUCAAUGAAGUUAUUUCACGGUUUUUAGAAGUUA